CUUUUGAUGUCCAAGGCGGGCCAUUCGACCGUGGUUGCAGGCAGCGCGCCUUCUUAGUGGUUCGCAUGCGCCGCGUUGCCAGCAGCGACGGGGACUCCGCGUCGGACGAGGCAGUGGCUGAAGAAGUGCAGGCGCCGCGAGUGCAGUACCGGCCCGAGUCCACCUCGCACCAGGUGUGCUACACGGUGCAGCGCGGUGGGGUGUACGAGGUGGUGGUGGCGCUGCCGUGGACCAACGCCUUCCUGCUGCGCCAGGCCGUCAACCCCAAACUCGCCUCCGGCUUCUUCAGGUCCAAGGUCGUGGCUCAACGCAACAUCUCCGUUGCUGCCGCCACCGCCCUCCAUGCCUUGGAGAAUGGCACGGAUUCGACUCAAAUGAGCGAGCAGAGCCUGCCGCGGUGCACAUUCAGUCUGUUGCGUGAGUCACGGCAUGCGGGCUUCUGGCGUGGAGACACGUGGCACCCCACGGGCUGCCGUCUGCCUGCCCCCAUCACGCCUGCACGCAUUGGGCGCUGCCUGCACGGCAAGAGCGUCCUCAUUCUAGGUCUCACAUCCUGCCCUCAUUCUAGGUCUCGCCUCCUGCCCACCCCCACCUGCUGUGUCCUCAUUCUAGUGCCCCUCAAGUCUGCCGCGGCACCGCGCUGUGUGCCACCACCGCCGCCUGCCCACUGCUGCACGUGUGCAGGGGACUCGGAUGGAGAUGAUUUUAAGGCGUCUCAAAAGUCACCUUGCUGCACGUGUGUGUGCAUGGCAGGGGACUCGGAGAUGCGGUACCUGUUUGGCCACCUGCAGCUGUUCCUGCACUACCGCACGCGCUGCCGCUACCUCAAGCGCUACCGCCGCCAGCCCAGGGGUGCUCUUGACUCACCCUGUUGGCCUGCCUGGUGGCGGGACGAGUGGCAGGAGGUGCACCGAGUGCGGGUGAGGAACGUGGUGGUGAAGGAGGGGCCGCCAGUGGACCCCAGCACGGGCAUGGCCUUGGCUCUCAACUACAGCACCUUCUCAGUGAGUGCACAUGCAGCAGUGAGUGCACGUGCAGCAGUGAGUGCACAUGCAGCAGUGAGUGCACAUGCAGCAGUGAGUGCACGUGCAGCAGUGAGUGCACAUGCAGCAGUGAGUCCACAUGCAGCAGUGAGUGCACAUGCAGCAGUGAGUGCACGUGCAGCAGUGAGUGCACAUGCAGCAGUGAGUGCACAUGCAGCAGUGAGUGCACAUGCAGCAGUGAGUGCACAUGCAGCAGUGAGUGCACAUGCAGCAGUGAGUGCACAUGCAGCAGUGAGUGCACGUGCAGCAGUGAGUGCACGUGCAGCAGUGAGUGCACAUGCAGCAGUGAGUGCACAUGCAGCAGUGAGUGCACAUGCAGCAGUGAGUGCACAUGCAGCAGUGAGUGCACAUGCAGCAGUGAGUGCACAUGCAGCAGUGAGUGCACAUGCAGCAGUGAGUGCACAUGCAGCAGUGAGUGCACAUGCAGCAGUGAGUGCACAUGCAGCAGUGAGUGCACAUGCAGCAGUGAGUACACCUGGGGAGAUGCUGCGCACAUGCUCCUCGCCGUCCCCUCCCUGCCAUUGGGACGUCGGUCGGUCGGGACUAAUACUCCCCUCCCCUCCCCUCCAUGAUGCUCCGUGCCUCUCCCCUCCCCUGCUACCCUGCCUCUGCCACAGCGUGCCUCUCCCCUCCCCUGCUACCCUGCCUCUGCCACAGCGUGCCUCUCCCCUCCCCUGCUACCCUGCCUCUGCCACAGCGUGCCUCUCCCCUCCCCUGCUACCCUGCCUCUGCCACAGCGUGCCUCUCCCCUCCCCUGCUACCCUGCCUCUGCCACAGCGUGCCUCUCCCCUCCCCUGCUACCCUGCCUCUGCCACAGCGUGCCUCUCCCCUCCCCUGCUACCCUGCCUCUGCCACAGCGUGCCUCUCCCCUCCCCUGCUACCCUGCCUCUGCCACAGCGUGCCUCUCCCCUCCCCUGCUACCCUGCCUCUGCCACAGCGUUCCUCUCCCCUCCCCUGCUACCCUGCCUCUGCCACAGCGUGCCUCUCCCCUCCCCUGCUACCCUGCCUCUGCCACAGCGUGCCUCUCCCCUCCCCUGCUACCCUGCCUCUGCCACAGCGUGCCUCUCCCCUCCCCUGCUACCCUGCCUCUGCCACAGCGUGCCUCUCCCCUCCCCUGCUACCCUGCCUCUGCCACAGCGUGCCUCUCCCCUCCCCUGCUACCCUGCCUCUGCCACAGCGUGCCUCUCCCCUCCCCUGCCACCCUGCCUCUGCCACAGCGUGCCUCUCCCCUCCCCUGCUACCCUGCCUCUGCCACAGCGUGCCUCUCCCCUCCCCUGCUACCCUGCCUCUGCCACAGCGUGCCUCUCCCCUCCCCUGCUACCCUGCCUCUGCCACAGCGUGCCUCUCCCCUCCCCUGCUACCCUGCCUCUGCCACAGCGUGCCUCUCCCCUCCCCUGCUACCCUGCCUCUGCCACAGCGUGCCUCUCCCCUCCCCUGCUACCCUGCCUCUGCCACAGCGUGCCUCUCCCCUCCCCUGCUACCCUGCCUCUGCCACAGCGUUCCUCUCCCCUCCCCUGCUACCCUGCCUCUGCCACAGCGUGCCUCUCCCCUCCCCUGCUACCCUGCCUCUGCCACAGCGUGCCUCUCCCCUCCCCUGCUACCCUGCCUCUGCCACAGCGUGCCUCUCCCCUCCCCUGCUACCCUGCCUCUGCCACAGCGUGCCUCUCCCCUCCCCUGCUACCCUGCCUCUGCCACAGCGUGCCUCUCCCCUCCCCUGCUACCCUGCCUCUGCCACAGCGUGCCUCUCCCCUCCCCUGCUACCCUGCCUCUGCCACAGCGUGCCUCUCCCCUCCCCUGCUACCCUGCCUCUGCCACAGCGUGCCUCUCCCCUCCCCUGCUACCCUGCCUCUGCCACAGCGUUCCUCUCCCCUCCCCUGCUACCCUGCCUCUGCCACAGCGUGCCUCUCCCCUCCCCUGCUACCCUGCCUCUGCCACAGCGUGCCUCUCCCCUCCCCUGCUACCCUGCCUCUGCCACAGCGUGCCUCUCCCCUCCCCUGCUACCCUGCCUCUGCCACAGCGUGCCUCUCCCCUCCCCUGCUACCCUGCCUCUGCCACAGCGUGCCUCUCCCCUCCCCUGCUACCCUGCCUCUGCCACAGCGUGCCUCUCCCCUCCCCUGCCACCCUGCCUCUGCCACAGCGUGCCUCUCCCCUCCCCUGCUACCCUGCCUCUGCCACAGCGUGCCUCUCCCCUCCCCUGCUACCCUGCCUCUGCCACAGCGUGCCUCUCCCCUCCCCUGCUACCCUGCCUCUGCCACAGCGUGCCUCUCCCCUCCCCUGCUACCCUGCCUCUGCCACAGCGUGCCUCUCCCCUCCCCUGCUACCCUGCCUCUGCCACAGCGUGCCUCUCCCCUCCCCUGCUACCCUGCCUCUGCCACAGCGUGCCUCUCCCCUCCCCUGCUACCCUGCCUCUGCCACAGCGUGCCUCUCCCCUCCCCUGCUACCCUGCCUCUGCCACAGCGUGCCUCUCCCCUCCCCUGCUACCCUGCCUCUGCCACAGCGUUCCUCUCCCCUCCCCUGCUACCCUGCCUCUGCCACAGCGUGCCUCUCCCCUCCCCUGCUACCCUGCCUCUGCCACAGCGUGCCUCUCCCCUCCCCUGCUACCCUGCCUCUGCCACAGCGUGCCUCUCCCCUCCCCUGCUACCCUGCCUCUGCCACAGCGUUCCUCUCCCCUCCCCUGCUACCCUGCCUCUGCCACAGCGUGCCUCUCCCCUCCCCUGCUACCCUGCCUCUGCCACAGCGUUCCUCUCCCCUCCCCUGCUACCCUGCCUCUGCCACAGCGUGCCUCUCCCCUCCCCUGCUACCCUGCCUCUGCCACAGCGUGCCUCUCCCCUCCCCUGCUACCCUGCCUCUGCCACAGCGUGCCUCUCCCCUCCCCUGCUACCCUGCCUCUGCCACAGCGUGCCUCUCCCCUCCCCUGCUACCCUGCCUCUGCCACAGCGUGCCUCUCCCCUCCCCUGCUACCCUGCCUCUGCCACAGCGUUCCUCUCCCCUCCCCUGCUACCCUGCCUCUGCCACAGCGUGCCUCUCCCCUCCCCUGCUACCCUGCCUCUGCCACAGCGUGCCUCUCCCCUCCCCUGCUACCCUGCCUCUGCCACAGCGUUCCUCUCCCCUCCCCUGCUACCCUGCCUCUGCCACAGCGUGCCUCUCCCCUCUCCUGCUACCCUGCCUCUGCCACAGCGUGCCUCUCCCCUCCCCUGCUACCCUGCCUCUGCCACAGCGUGCCUCUCCCCUCCCCUGCUACCCUGCCUCUGCCACAGGGUGCUCGUGCAUCCAGUGCGGCGCCGCGGCCGUGCGUUCACCUUCAACCUCACCUAUGCCACGCACCUGGACUCAGAUGCCCCUGUCUUUCACGACUGGCGCUCCGCCCCUAAUGUCACAGGCGGCCCCAUCGCCACUCAGUUCGCGCCAUUCGACGUAGUGGCAGCGUCCUUUGGCCUGCAUGACAUCACACGCAAGAGCAAUGCAUCGGAGAUGGCAGAGGCGUUCAGUGAGUCCCUCUUUUACCUUGCCCUCCUGCGCCCUCUCUAUCUUUGUUCAUGCUUUGUUGCAAUUACCACACUUCAAGCACGGCCAUAG